AUGAGAAUUGAAGAUACUAGCUAUGGCAAUAGCAAACAUCUUGGAUCGAUCUACAACCGCCUACAAGCCCUUGAAGGAUCAUCUCAUGCCAAUUACAAGAGAGAGAGGAGUCCAACACCCAACCACCCUCCCUUUUAUUGCAAUGCCAUCACAAGAAGAAGCACUACUCAAGUCCAUGAGGACAAUGAAGAAGAAGAAAGAGAGUAUGAGGAACAAUUGAAUGAUGAAGAUGAAGAGCAGAGCAUCGACAUCAAUGCUUCCCCAAAACAGAGCAUGGAUACACCAAGCCCUAGAGACCCUCGUUUCUCACCAAGAAGUCAAGCUUCUACACUUCCAAGAUUGGAAGCAAUGCAAAGACCAUCACCACCUACUGAAGAAGAAGAUACUUGGCAGUAUGAUCCCAUUGAUCCCAACAAGAUAAGCCCCAUGAAGCUUAAAGAGUUCAAUGCUAAGGUGAAAUCACUUCCAUUCUAUGUCACUUUUGAAGAAGCUUGGGAUAAACAUGGUCUAGUGGAGUUCUUUUUCACAACUAGUGAAAACAAAGAAGAGAUACACCAACUUUUUCAGGAAGGCACGAUUUCCCAUUGCCCCUCAUGGAGUCAAUCAACCACCAUCACCACCAUCAUCACCACCACCCAGUGGUAUGUCAAUUCCAUAUCAAGAGAGAAGCUUGCUGAGUUCAAUCAGUUUGUCCAAACUCUUCCAGCCAGCAUGUCUUUCCAAACAAGCUUGGCGCCACUACCCAUUCACCACCUUCUUCCACAACUGCAAGAGACACCUGAGGACAUAAAGAGCUUUUUGAGAAAGCUAAAGUUCAGCCAACCUUCAAGACCCUCUACAAGAUUGAAGACCCAGGUCAAUUCUCUAUUCCCUGUCAAGUAA